UAAAAAAACGACGUAGUUUGAUUCUUCUCGAUCUCCAUCCUCUCUCUUCCAUGAUUCGUACCACUUCCACAGAUUUUUCUUUGUUUUUUCUGAAAACCCUAGCUCUAAGCAUUUUCCUUUCCUUUCCUUCUUCUUCUUCUUCUUCAUUGAUUUUGGGCGUUGUUUCAAUUUUCUUUCUGUAGAGAAGGCCAGUGUGGGAAGGUCGUCCCUACUCUCCUUUCCCAUUAUAGGAAUUGGAUUUGGGAUUCCCUUCCUGCUCUUUCUCAGCCCGGCUGAUAAUUUUUCGGGAGCUGCGAUUUGGGGUUUUAGGGGAUAUUUGAUUCCUAAUGCAAUUCCGGCUUUCUUUGGGCUGAAUAUUUGAUCGGCUGGAGUUGGACGUCAUUUUCCAAGAUGGGUAUUGUAAUAUCUGAUCAAUUUUUGGGUACUUUUGUUCCAAUUGUGGUUUAUUGGGUAUAUUCUGGAAUUUAUAUUCUUCUCGGUUCAUUUGAGAACUAUCGGUUGCACUCUAAGAAAGAUGAGCUGGAGAAGAACUUAGUGUCCAAAAGCACUGUGGUUGGAGGCGUUUUUCUUCAACAGAUUAUUCAGGCAAUCGUUGCGAUCCUCUUGUUCAAGGUGACUGGAAAUGAUGGGGAGGUUGCUUCAGGUCCAAAACCUUGGCUAACAAUCAUAGUUCAGUUUAUCGUUGCAAUGCUGGUGUUGGACACUUGGCAAUACUUUAUUCACAGAUAUAUGCAUCAGAAUAAGUUCUUAUACAAGCACGUCCAUUCCCAGCAUCACCGGUUGGUUGUACCUUAUGCAUUUGGAGCUUUAUACAACCACCCGUUGGAGGGUCUCCUCCUUGACACAAUCGGCGGGGCUUUAUCUUUUCUCAUUUCCGGGAUGUCACCUCGAGUAGCCAUCUUUUUCUUUUCAUUUGCCACCAUCAAAACAGUGGAUGACCAUUGUGGAUUAUGGCUUCCUGGAAACCUUUUCCAUGUGUUCUUCAGAAACAAUUCUGCUUAUCAUGAUGUCCACCACCAGCUAUAUGGCAGUAAGUAUAACUUCUCACAGCCGUUUUUUGUUACGUGGGAUAGAAUAUUUGGCACCUAUAUGCCUUACUCAUUAGAGAAGAGAGCAGGGGGUGGUUUCGAGGCGCGAGUUAAGGAGGAUUAGUUGUUCGUUAGGAAGCAUAUAUUAUUUGCCUCAGUGUUAAUUUUUUCUCUUCCUAUUAGCCACCCACCACACUGUUAAAUUUGUAUCAUACGUCUAUUCUUGUGUCUUACACUAUUUUCUGGAAGUCUAACUAGCUGAAUCGUGUUGUGAUUGAACUUUUCUUUCCUCUCUUUUCCCCUUUCUUUUACCUACUUCCUGUGAACAGAGAAGAACCCCUAUGAUUUUUUUUCUCUUUU